GUAAGUACUUAUUUCUUUCCUUGUAUCGCCAUCGGGCUUAAAUCUGACCACCGGUUCUCGAACCGCCUCCAAGAUGGCUUCCGCUGUAGAUAUUGAGCAAAUGAACAAGGUCCGCGUGUCCUUGGGCAUGGCACCGCUGCCAGUGCCUGGCGGCGGACCUCAAUUCAAAGACGAUGGCGACAGUGACAGUGAUGGUGAAGACAGUAGUGACGAUCUGAGCACACUGGACAAGCGCGCUGCAGCUGCGGGUAAAAACUGGGAAAAGCAUGAAGCGGAGCGGCGAGAAAAAGAAGAGCGCCAGAAGCGCAAGGCCGCUAUGAAGAAGGCUCGAGACCAGGCAGCUCGAUUUGCAAAGCUGGAGGGCAAGGGCCUGGGGGAGCCUAGCGACGAGGAAGUCGACACGCGGACAUGGCUGUUGCAGCAGAAGAGACGACAAAAGAAGAUCGACAAGGCUCGUAAGCUGGAAGAAGAACUGGCUGCUCGUGAGCAGCAGGCCGAGUACACUGCGCAAGACUUAGCCGGCGUAAAAGUUGGCCAUGAGGCUGCUGAGUUUGACGAAUUCACUGGCGAGCAGGUCCUCACAUUAAAGGACCAAGAAAUCGGCGAAGACAGUGAAGAUGAUGAGCUGGAGAACAUGGAACUGAAGGCGAAGGAAAAGCUCGAAGAGAAGCUGCGACUGCUGAAGAAGCGACCGGACUACGACCCAACCGAGCAGGACGGAACCCAGAAUCUGCUGUCCAAGUACGACGAAGAGAUCGAUGGCAAGCUGCAGAAGCGCUUUACGUUGGACGGACGAGGGAGCACUGUGGAGGCCAAGCGUAAGGCAGCAGAGACGGCGCAGAACCCGAACAAAGGUGUGCAGAUCAGCCUCGACUUGUUAAAGGAUGACUUGCCAGUCUCCGAUUACGUCGAUCCAUCCACGAUCAAAGUCAAGAAAGCGAAGAAAAGCAAAAAGGAGAAGAAAACAAGGCAAAAGGCCAUUGAUGAAGACAUUAUCACACCAGAACGACCGCAAAAUACUCACCCAGACUCGAUGGACCUAGAAGAUGCUCGAAACGACGCCGCAGAUGCUGUCACGAAGAAGCGAGCUUUCGACUUUGACGACGAUGACGAUUUGCAAGCGAGGCUUGCAGCUGCACGUAGGGAAGCGUUGAAGAAGCGGAAGAAGACGGACGCGACCGAAAUUGCGCGGCGACUGCGAGAAGAAAUGCCUAUCGACGAAGUAGACCUAGAAGAGGGUGGCCUCGUCAUUGAUGAGACGUCUGAGUUCGUGGCCAACCUGAAGAGGCCUGAAGAGACUGAGCAUGCGACAGCACGACGAGACUCUGCACCACGGGCGAGCACUUUCGAUGACGAUCAGGAUGACGAUGGCGACACUGCAAUGGGCCAGGAGUCAUACGCAAACGUUGAGGAGGCACAGGAGCACGCAGGCCGAGCCAAUGCCGAGUCUUCUAACUCCGUGAAUCGCACGGCCACAGGUCUCGAAGAAGAAGAGAACAUGGUCGGCCAAGGCAUUGCCUCCUCGUUGGCUAUGCUCCGGAAGCGUGGCCUGGUCGAUAAUUCCGAAUCCGACAAGAAGGCUGAGAGCGAACGUAAGCGUGCACAAUUCUUGGCGGACAAGCAGCACUUGAUCGCAGAAUACGACCACAAGGCCAGGGAGCAACGCGAGGCCGAUCGUCGCAGCGGACGCUUUGACAAGAUGAGCAACAGAGAGCGGGAUGCGCUCGCUCGUCAACAGAACGAGCAACGUGAGCAAUUCAUCUCGCGUUUGCUGGCUGACAAAUUCAACAAAGAGUACAAACCAGAUGUGAAGCUACAGUAUCAUGACGAGUUCGGUCGGGAGAUGAACCAGAAGGAAGCGUUCAAGCAUCUCAGCCAUGCAUUCCACGGCAAAGGCUCUGGCAAGCAAAAGACUGAAAAGAAGCUCAAGAAGAUGGAAGAUGAGAAGAAAAAUGUGUCCAAGAAUAUUCUUAACAUUGGCGAUGAGGCCGGAUUCUCUAACGUGGGGCAAGCUCAAGGAAAGCGGCAAAAGACUGCUGGUGUGCGUCUUCAAUAGCGCACUACGCAUUUGGACAGCAACCGGACGUUCUACGUAAUCGACAUAGGGAAGUAAGUGCUGACCAUCUUUGCUCGGUUUGAUACGACAAGGCUGGCGCAGUGUAGUGGUGACCCGUGAUAUCCAAUUGUGUUGACUGAGAGGUCCAUUGACUACGUGAGUUUGCACGAGGAGAAUCCUGUCUGGGAUUUCUUUUCCAACAGCGCCAUAGGGGCCUCCUCCGAAUGUGGCAGCUCGGGUUCCGGCCCGUGGGUGGAAGUCGGUUGAGUCUCCGCACGCGAGACUCCCGACAUUUGCUUUCGCGAAGCUCGGUUUGGAUAUAGAAUUUUCUGCUCAUUUUCAGCAGACGCCGAAUUGGUGGUCUUCGGCUUCCAACGUGCUGCAGACUGCCGGAAUUCGGACUGUUGCAGCGUAGAUGGCAUAACAGUACUCUGUAGGCAUAUUGAAGAUCCGUUAUACGUGUAUUAACCGUGAGGUUGCCGGUGGAAGUCAUCA